AUGGUCUCGGCCCAAGAAUCAAGGCUGAGAAGCAUGGAUAACUUACAAAUCGGCAGCGAAACCCCCACAAGGGCACCCUUCUGUAAAGAGCGUCCUAUGUUAUCAACAAAAUUUCCGAGUAUUAUCCCGAUUGCCAUCGCUAGAAAGAUCCAUAAGGCCAAAUAUCUGUCUAGAAUACCCAGGUUUCUAAAUAUCGAUGUUGGCUCCUCUCUUUCAGCCGAAGGAGAAUCCUGUGGUAACUUUUCAAUGUCUUUGAUUUGGCCUGGAGCCCCACCUCGACACUCCCCCAUUUCCGUCUCUGCUGCUGAAGCAGACAUAACUGGCUUGGGGUAUCAGAAUAAUGCUGUCGACAUUGACCGAGAUAAGCAACACUUACGAAGCUACAACAACGCCUUUGGAUUAUUUGACUUUUACUUGAAAAAAAAAAGCCGAAGCAACUACAAGCUUAAAUCUCAGAAGAUGAAGGAAGACAAGACAGCUGUGGCUGACUAA